AACAUAAACCCUGAAAUAGCUAGGGUUCCAAUUGAUUCAAUCACAAUUAUGGAAUCAGCUGCGCAAGUUGCUCAGCUUCUCAAUAACACUCUCAGCCCCGACGCCGAUGUUCGUGGUCCCGCCACCGAUGCUCUCGAUCGCCUCUCUCUAACUCCUAAUUUCCCGUUUGCCCUAAUCUCUAUCGCCAUCGGCGGGGGAAACCAAGGUCAAAGUAUUGCUGCUGCAACGUAUCUAAAGAACUUAACAAGGCGGAAUACGAUUGAAGAAGGGGGAGCCUCAAGAUUCAGCAAGGAGUUUAAAGACGUGCUUGUCCGUUCUUUGCUUCAAGCAGAACCUGCAAUCUUAAAAGUUUUGAUUGAAGCGUUUCGUCCAGUUGUUGAUGCAGAAUUUGUGAAGAACAAUUUAUGGCCUGAACUGGUACCCGAGCUGAGAUCAGUAAUUCAAGACAGUGAUCUGGUUAAUACAAGUGGGAACUCUAGAUGGAAGGCCGUCAAUGCCCUUACAGUUCUCCAGGCUGUAAUCAGACCAUUCCAGUACUUUUUGAAUCCCAAAUUAGCAAAGGAGCCGGUUCCUCCGCAGCUGCAGAUAAUUGCACAAGAAAUCCUUGUACCUCUGGUUUCUGUAUUUCAUCAAUUUGUGGAAGACCUGUGUAUUCAAAAUAAAGCUGGAAGGGAUAUCGAGAAGAACCUUCUUAUAUUGAGCAAGUGCCUUUAUUAUGCUGUGAGAUCACAUAUGCCAUCUGUCUUGGUCCCUCUACUUUCUUCUCUUUGCCAAGAUUUGAUUCGCAUCCUUCACUCAAUAAGAUUUGAAGAUUGUGGUUCUUCUGAAGAUGGACACACACUGAGGUUGAAGACCGGGAAGAGAAGUUUGCUUAUUUUCUGUGCCCUUAUUACCCGACAUAGGAAGUUCUCUGAUAAACUCAUGCCAGACAUUAUUAAUGCAGUUGUGAAACUAGUCAAGCUUAAAACUGACUUCAGUACGCUGGAUAGUUUAGCAGAGAGGAUUGUGUAUUUAGCUUUUGAUGUUAUAUCACGACUCCUAGAAACAGGCCCUGGAUGGAGACUUGUUUCACCACACUUUUCAUCUUUAUUGGAGUCUGCAAUUUUCCCAGCAAUUAUAAUGAAUGAAAAGGAUAUCACAGAGUGGGAAGAAGAUUCAGAUGAGUACAUAAGAAAGAAUCUCCCAUCUGAAUUGGAAGAAAUUUCAGGAUGGAGAGAGGAUCUAUUCACUCCAAGAAAAAGUGCAUUAAACUUACUUGGUGUUAUUUCAAUAUCAAAGGGCCCACGAGUUGUGGCUUCAGUGACAUCCAAACGUAAAAAGGGUGAAAAGAACAACCUUAAAGGUCGGAGCUCUAUGGGAGAGUUGUUGGUGCUCCCGUUUUUGUCCAAGUUUCCUAUUCCAUCUGAUGUAAAUACAUCUUCAAUGAAGACUACAAUUGAUUAUUAUGGUGUUUUGAUGGCAUAUGGAAGCCUCGUAGAUUUUUUGAGGGAGCAGAAACCUGCAUAUACAACUACCCUUAUUCGAUCCCGGGUGCUACCAUUGUACAAUGCAUCUUGUCAUCCUUAUUUGGUUGCUUCUGCUAACUGGAUACUUGGAGAGCUUGUUUCCUGCAUUCCUGAAGAGAUGAGCUCUGAUGUCUAUUCCUCCUUGCUAAAAGCCUUGAUGAUGGUUGACACUGAGGAUAUUUCAUGCUAUCCUGUACGAGUAUCUGCUGCUGGUGCAAUUGCUCAACUUGUUGAGAAUGACUUCUUCCCACCCGAGUGGUUACCAGUUCUUCAAAUUGUAGUUGGUAAAAUCAAAGAAAAUAAUGAAGAGACCUCUGUUAUGUUUGAGCUUCUUAAAACAUUGGUGGAGGCUGGAGGUGAUAAUGUUGCUUCUCAUAUCCCACAUAUUACUUCACUGCUAGCUGAAGAUAUUCUGAAGCAUAUCCCUUCUAGUCCUGAGCCAUGGCCCCAAGUGGUUGAGCGAGGUUUUGCAGCAUUAUCAGUUAUGUCUCAGUGUUGGGAAGAAUCUUUGGCCGAGGAGGCAGAAAAUGAUGUAACAAAUACUGUUGUGGUUGCUGGGCGAGCCACCAUUGCGAAAGCUUUUACAGAUCUCCUGCAAGAGGCUUGGCUGAGACCUUCCGAAAUGAAAGGUGAAGAUUCAGAAUUGCCCCCUUCAUGCUGCGUAGAUGAUUCAUCAACAUUACUGUCAUUCAUCAUAUCUGAUGUUAAUGAAAAUGAUGUGGUUAAAAAGCAAAAAGUCUCAAAACUCCUGCUAGUUUGGGCUGAUCUGAUAUCAGAUUGGCAUGAUUGGGAGGAAGAGGAGGAUUCAUCUAUCUUCAAUUGCAUCAAAGAAGCCGUUUAUCUCCACAAGAGGGUCAAUUUGAUGAACUUUGUUAUCGGAUCUGUAGGUCAACGUUCCAUUAUUGAAGGAAUCUGUGGGUUUGUCAGCAAUGCAUUUUCACAGAGUCCAUCUGCCAUUUAUAGAGCCUCUUCUUCUGUCCACUUAAUCAUACAUCAUUUGACUUGUUCACCCGAAGAACAACGUAGAAUGCAUGCAGUGACCACAGCUUUCAGCCAGUCAGCAUUUUCUUGUUUCAUGCAAAAACAGUCAAAACCUUCUCCUCUUUGGAAGCCACUGCUGCUUGCAAUAUCCUCAUGUUAUUUAUGUUAUCCUGAAAUUGUUGAGAAUGCAUUGGAGGCGGAUCAACAUGAAGGCUUCAGACUCUGGGCCUUGGCACUAUUCUCUAUCUCUACAAGCAAGUUUGAACAUGGUCUUUCAACAGAGUCUGAAAUUAAGUUAACUGUAAUGACAUUAGCAAAAGCAAUGACUCGGCUGCUUAUGGGGAAUCAGAGUAGUGGGUUGUUGUGGGAGUGCUUUGCUGCAUUAAUGGAAGCAUCUGUGCGGUUGAGAGAAGUUCAAGAGGAGGAUGAAGAUAAUGAUGAAAAUGAAGAAGAGAACACUGAUGAUGAUGACAAUAAUGACGAAGAUGAUGAUGAUGAUGAUGAUGAUGAUGAUGAUGAGGAUUCAGAUGAUGAUGUACAUGAAGAAACUGAAGAAGAAUUUUUAGAGAGAUGUGCACAAGCGGCAAUUGAGCUGGAAAAUGGGACUGGUGUGGAAGAACUGGCCGAGGAAGAUGAAGAGCAAGAAAUUGAAUUGGGUGAGCUGGAUGAAGUUGAUAUCUUAUGCAUUGUGCAGUCAUUGAUAGAAAAGAAUCACCAUGUACUCUUGCAAGGACCCGAGUUGCCACAACAACUAGUUUCAAGCUUUAUCGACGCCUUCCCUGAAAGUGCUUCAUUCUUUAAGCAGUAUCAGAGAUAGGGUAAUCUACAAUGACGGAUGAUCAUCUUUCCUCACCUUUUUUGUUAUUUACCAGUUUUUUUAUUUAAAAGAGGAAAGAUUGUAUGAGUGCUGUUAGUUUGAGAUAUCUGGUGAUGAUAUUCUUAAAGUGUGAUUUAUUUUUGGGUAUAUGAGAGAGCCGUGUUUGUAAUUUCUGUCUCUCAUUCUGAACACAUAUUUGGGUUGAAUGAACAUAUAGAUUGGCCAAGAGCUCGUUUACAUGGAGAGCCUGGUUUGCGGUCAAUCUUAAGUUAGGAUUGCACAUCUUUGCAGAUAUUCUCAUUUGUGUGCACAAAUAAAGCAUGAAUAAGAUGUCAAAGAGCCAGAUUGUUUU